UAUUGGCAGAGACGGAGUUGCUCAGUUCAGUGUCAGACUCCAAGGUUCGACGGUUGUUGAGGGGAAAAGCGAAGGAGAUUUGCUCGUGAUUUUUUUACAUAAAUCAGCGAAUUCGUGGUAAAUUUGCAUUGCAUUCACAUCACCUUAAUCGUUUUACUUUGCUUGCAAUGUCUUUAUCGGCCGGUAUGGGUGACCAAAAGAUCUUCGACUAUCACGAGGAGUCCCAGUCGGAAAAGUUGGCGAGGAAGUCCAAGGAGACGCCUAUUUUUCCAGUCGCGAUCGCUCUUUGCGUCGGUGCCGUCGGCUUCGGUGCUUACAAGUUCAACAAGAGAGGCAACAUGAGUCCGAGCGUCUUCCUCAUGCAGUUGCGUGUCGGAGCUCAAGGUUUGGCUGUUGGAGCUUUGACUGUUGGUCUGGCUUACAGCAUGAUCAACGAGUACGUUCUCAAGAAGAAGUAACAACAACAACAAAAUAAAUAAUAACACGAAUGUAGCAUAAUUUAUUGAAAAAGCAAACGUCGUUUUGUAUCUGUGUGGAUCCUAGGAUAAUUUUGUGAUAUUCGCAUCGUCACUUCAUGGCCAAGUAUUCCGCAAAUAUAUUUAUUUAAACCUUUUUACAUUUACUUCUUUUUGUUUUUGUUUAAA